AUUAGAUGGUGACUUCACCUGGUUACCAAAUGGAAGGUAUAGUGAUGGCUUUUAGAGUGGGAGUGACACGUUUGUAUUUAUUGAUUCCUUUUUUUUCUACACUUUGAUCUCGGUUUGUUUUUUCCCCCUAUGUAUCUUUUUUUCUCUACCACGUUAAAUUCUCACGUUCUUUAAUUUUGUUCGUAUAGUAAAUUUGACAGCCACGUUGUUUUGAAUAGAGGUGAUAAUUGUCUUUCAGACGGCUUCAAAUAAUUUCAUGUGUUGAUAUCAUUUUCGAAACUGCAAUGACCUAGGCAGCUGCCUAAUUAACACAUGAAAUCAUGCAUGCAGUUAAGAUUAUUGGAAAGAAGUUGCGGGCCGGGGCAUUAGUUACCGCGUUUCAAGCCCCUACUAUAAAUCAUGUUGAAAUGAAGCGCCAAGCUGAUAUAAGAACAAAGAAAGUUAGAGAAAUGGCUCAAUCCAAAACAAUGGCGGCGUUGAAAAUGAUGAUGCCAUACCUGGCAAUGAUAGUCCUGCAGUUUGGGUAUGGUGGAAUGUCCAUCAUCACAAAGCUCGCUCUCAACGAAGGGGCUGAGCCCGCACGUGCUGGUGGUCUACAGGCAUGCGGCGGCGGCCGUAAUUGCUCCCUUCGCCGUGAUCUUCGAGAGGUUGGUGUUACUUUCUAGGUUCAUGAACUCUCGGCCCAACCUUUCUCAAGAUAGCUCUGCUGGGAUUGCUAUAGUACGUGUAAUGGUAUUUUUUUAUUAUAUCCUUGAUUGAUUAAGAUUAGUCUACCUUAAGUUGCUAAUGAUGACUUGUUAUGUUGAUAAUAAUAGGCCAUUUCUCAAGAUAGAGGGGCAUUUGAUUCUUGAUUGGUUAUACAAAGUAUCAAGUAUGUGUUAUAUUAUAUAAAUAUAUUAGUUAUAUGGCUACUUGCCUGAUUGGUUUGAAUGGUUAGCGGUGUAUGAAACAAAACCACCUAUAAAAUUUAACCAAAAUCAAACAAAUUAUUCAAAUUAACCAAACCAAAUUAACAGCGGUGCGGUGAAUAUAAGAUAAAGCUAUGU